AUGAACGAUAUGGAACAACUCUGUCGCAUUUGUAAGCUCUCCAAGCCGCUCAUCUCAUUUUGCCACCAGUGGUUCCUGCACAGGACCACCACAUCUUGUCUCGAUUGCUGCACUGGCAACCCUCGCUCCAUUGCUCCAAACCCCUCCCAAUCACCCCCACCUGGGUCGAACACCACCAGACCUCCUCAACAUUCGCACACCACCGGACCCUCUCCAGUGCCAGCCCGCAACGGACCCCCUCCACCCUCCAACUCUCCCAGAAAUUCACAGGACUCGACCCACAUUGGACCCUUACCCCACCCCGUCUCCACCACAGUCCCAAACCUCACCAUCCCCAUCCUUCCACACCUAGUGGCCCCGCCUCCCACAGCUCCACCUGCACCUCCUCUCCCCGCAAUCUCUUCUGCCCCAACCACUACACCUGCAGAGCCCAACCCUCACUUUGUUAUGUACUCUGACCUCUCGGCCAGCAUUGGUGAGCUUCACCAGUUCCUCCAGGACGAAAUUGCCAAAGCCUUUCAACGGGUGGCCAGUACUACCACUCCACUGCCCACAAAAAACGCUUCCAAUCUCGCUCACAAUGACCACCUUCCUCCGGCGCCGCCUGCUCCAGCCUUUUCGGCACAACUAGGUGAGUACCCAGGGGCCAUAUCCUACCCUUGGCUGAUGACCGACCUCAUUGACAAGGUCCACCAGGACACACUCAGCGUCUACGACCUCCUGAAACUAGCCAAUCCGUCUUGGCCUGGCGCCACAGCUCAGGACGAACCGGCCCCAGUAGUCAUUGAGGGCUUCUCGGUCAUGAAGGGCCCCUCAGCCUCUGCUUCCAACCAUCAGUUCAGUAAAACUGUCCCUAACUUUUCCACAUUUGGCUGA